CAUCUGGCAACGCUAGUCACAUCUGGAUGUUCUUAAGGUUUCCUAUACAAAUCUUUAAAAGAAUACAUUAUUACAGAAAUAUGGCAGAAAAAAAUUUGGUAUUUGUCUAUGGCACCCUGAAAUCUGGAGAACCAAACUAUGAUAUUCUUACUAAUGAAGACAAUGGGAUUUGUAAUUAUAUUGGAAAAGCAAAAACGUAUGACAAAUGGCCACUUGUAAUUGCUUCACGAUAUAAUAUUCCUUUCUUGCUAUAUGCUAAAAAUAAAGGAAAGCAUGUUAUAGGUGAACUGUAUUUAGUAGAUGAUGUAAUGCUUAAAAAAAUGGAUGAAUUAGAAUGCCAUCCAACAUAUUAUGAACGAAAAGAAGAAAAUGUUCAGGUCUUAGAAAGCAAGGACAAAACAUAUUGUACAGAUGGAAAGACUUUAAAGCCAUGGAUUUAUUUCUUGACAGAAUAUAAAUCUUAUAUGAUGGAACUUCCACAUUUAGAGGAAUAUUCAUCUGAAGGAUCUCAUGGCUUAAAAUAUGUUUCAAGGUAUAACAGAACUGGCCCACCAUAUAUUUUAGAAUGUAAAAAUAUUCAUUUUAUUUUAGGGAGUUUUUCUGGUGAUGACGAAGAAAUCGCCACAGGUCAUGCCGAGAGGAAUCUUUCCGAAUCUCUUCAUGAAAUUCAGUAUCUACAUGAAAAUUUCAUAUUUAGUAGACAGAAUGAUUUAAGUAAUUAUGAAUAUUUGAAAUGA